GGAUAGAUUGCGCUUGUCCAUAUACGUCGUAGCCCAAGGCAGGGUCCCUCGAGAAGCACAGACAAAUAUCGAAGCCAGGGCUGUCUCCAUUAACCAGCAGAAAGCAUCAUCCCAGUAAAUACAGGGGUUUAAAAAAGUUACCGGCAAUAGUAUGAAUCUGUAAUUCCCCAAACCUUAUCGUGCCUAACCCACUCCCAAGACAAUUACGUCAGAGACACUAUGGCCGCAUACCCAAAGGGAUGUCGCCAACAUCGAUUCUCUCUUACUUAUCUAAUCUUCUAUAAAACGAAUGGUUCUUCUACGUUCCGCAGUCUGUGCUAGCUAUUUUGCUAGAGAUCUCGUUGCUGUAUCCUGCGGAGAGAAUUAUUUAUCCGCCUAUCUACCUACCAUCGUCGCAUUUCCCGCUCUCUGCUUUACCCAUUACACUUUGCGACUAUGGGUAUCCUAGGCAUGACAGUGGGCUAUCUGCUCUUUUCCGCUCUCCAUUUCGCUCAAUUCGUCCUAGCGAUUACCGUCUGCGGCCUGUAUGGUAUUGACCUGCAGCGUGCGCGUUCUCAAGGCAAAUAUAUAGAUGGAAAAUGGGUUUAUGCGGAAGUUGUUGGGGGUCUUGCGGCAUUGACGGCAAUUCUCUAUCUUAUCCCAUUCAUCUUGCGAUUCGCCGUAGUCACGAUAUGGAGCCUCGUCAUUUUUGUCCUCUGGAUCGCACUCUUCGGCCUAUUUGGUAAUAUGUAUAUCCACGAGGAUCCGGAAGGGAGUAGCGAUAUUCAACGGAUGAAAAACGCUGUCUGGGUCGAUUUAGCGAACGCACUCCUCUGGUUGAUCGGGUUCGUUGCGAGCGCUGCCUACUGGUGGACUCACCGUGAUCGGCGUAGUCGAUUUACCGGCCGUGCAAGGCUAGGCCGCAAUGCUUCAACUCGCUCAAAUCGCUUUACUGGUUGGACAGCAUAGUCGCCUUGAUCUAACAUUGGUGUAUGAGGGGCCUGUUGCGUUGGAGACCGGCCUUAGGAAGGAGUUUGCUGGGGCCGGGGAUCGUGGAGAUGAAAGCGACGAGAGACUUUUGGAUUGGCGUUAGAGGUGUACCUACAUACAUAAUACUCUCUAAGCACAGCUUUUAUUUUGGAAUAGUAAUGAUGUCGAUAAGGGAUGAGGUGAAAUGAGAAAUAUACAUAAGGCGUGAAGGAAUAUUAAUAUGAUUUACAUACAAACUUUAUAAAGGCUGCACCACAUCACGUUCUUGAUUCAUAGCUCUAGCCGUAUUCAUGUGGAGCUAUAAUAUAGAUGGGAUGCUAAAUUUUACUUGGCCGGCGUGAAGACCAGGUAUCUCAGUGAACUUCCAGGCUUCGUUACGUGUAUUCCCAUGCUGCUGGGGGCACCAGUAAACCUUGUAGUAUGGCUCUCUCACGUAGCUUUAGCCUUUAGUACGUACGUACCUACGUAUAUGUACGUCCCUAGUAGGUAGGUACAUACCCAGGUAUGGACGCAUCCACAUGUGUUCUCCACGGGUUACAUACAUGGAUAGGUAUGUAGCUGAAUCUCUCGCUAUGACACCUCAAAGUUUAUUGACCAACAACGGGACAUUGUGCGGUCCCCGUAUGCAUUUACG